AUGGCGCAAUACUUCUUCGAUCUCCUCUACAACUUCACAGAUUGCUUAUGCUGCUUCCCUAGCUCACCGCAGCUGAAGAUCAACAAUCGGAGUUUCAAGCUUCUCCGACUCUUAGGCGAGGGCGGUUUCUCCUAUGUAUACCUCGUUCAAGACAAAGCAACUUCUGAACUUUUCGCGCUCAAAAAGAUCCGUUGCCCUCUAGGUCAAGAAUCCGUGUCACAAGCUUUGAAGGAAGUCGAAGCCUACAACUUGUUCACCUCGCAAGAGAACAUCAUCCAUUCGAUAGAUCAUUGCGUAUCCACAGAAUCAGGCUCUAAAUUCCGAUCUGAUGGAGGGGAUGCUGGUUCGAAGACAGUGUACAUUUUGUUGCCGUAUUACCAACGCGGUAAUCUUCAAGAUGCCAUCAACGCCAACCUAGUCAACCAUACCAAAUUUCCCGAAAAGCGUCUAAUGAUGCUUAUGCUCGGUGUUGCCAAUGCUCUCAAGGGCAUGCAUCAAUACCGGGUUAAGAAUGGUGUGGCGGCCCGCAAGGCGAAGGCAGUACAGAGAGAAGGAGAGGAGGCAGACGAGGAAACAAAGAUGCAGAUGAAACCGAAGCGAAAAGUCAGCCAUAAUGCCGACGAAGAUGAGGAAUUUGAGCCCUUGAUGGAUGAUGAGGUCACGAUCAGUCAGGAGGGCGUUCAGGAUGGAGAUCUUCGUCCUUAUUCCCACCGCGAUAUCAAACCUGGAAAUAUCAUGAUCAACGAUGAUGGCCAGUCUCCUAUUCUUAUGGACCUCGGCUCUUUAGCACCGAGUCCCAUCGCCAUUACUUCCCGCUCCCUGGCAUUGGCAGUGCAAGAUACAGCUGCAGAGCACAGUACAAUGCCCUACCGUGCCCCGGAACUCUUUGAUGUGAAGACUGGAUCUAUCAUCGACACAAAGGUUGACAUUUGGUCGCUGGGCUGUACAUUGUAUGCAUGCUUGUAUGGCAAGAGCCCCUUCGAGGCCCGCAGUGAAGAGACCGGUGGUAGUCUGAGCAUGUGUGUUCUUGGUGGAGAUUGGAGAUUCCCCGAUGAGAAAUCCAGUGCUACUAAGGGCAAAAAUAAGGUUGGUGGCGACGACGCCGCCUCAAAGAGCAACAGCGGAAGCACGGUUAGCGCAUCUGUUAAGCAUGUUGUUCGCAAGUGCCUCGAGGUUGAGCCCUCUGAUCGCCCUGAUAUUGAUGAGUUGAUCCAACUCAUCCAGGAGGUCGCCAGCGAGCUGCCCGACGAAGGCGAUAUUCCAAGUGCAUCAUAUUAG